AUGUGUGUGUGCACCUCCGUUCCGGCGUGAGCUCCUAGAAAUUUAACAAGUUUUCCAAUUUUCAAUUAAGGCAAUGGCAGCACAAUUUUUGAACAGAUUAGGACAACUUGGCCUGGGGGUUGCAGUUGUUGGUGGUGUUAUCAACUCUGCACUCUACAAUGUUGAUGGUGGUCAUCGAGCUGUAAUUUUUGACCGCUUCGCUGGUGUAAAAAAUCAAGUGUCUGGAGAAGGCACUCACUUCUUCAUCCCGUGGGUGCAACGGCCGAUCACCUUUGACAUCCGGUCACGACCCAGAAACAUACCGGUGGUCACUGGCAGCAAGGACUUGCAAAAUGUCAACAUCACCCUUCGUAUUCUCUUCAGACCCAUCCCCGACCAGCUUCCUCGCAUUUACACAAUUCUCGGCGUUGAUUACGAUGAAAGAGUCUUGCCUUCCAUCACUAAUGAAGUGCUCAAAGCAGUUGUGGCCCAAUAUGAUGCUGGAGAACUGAUUACUCAGCGUGAAAUUGUGUCAAAGAAAGUGUCUGAGGAUUUGACGAGAAGAGCUGAGCAGUUCGGCGUCAUCCUAGAUGAUAUUUCUAUUACGCACUUGACAUUCGGCAAAGAAUUCACACAAGCUGUUGAGUUGAAGCAGGUUGCCCAGCAGGAGGCUGAACGCGCUAAAUUCCUUGUCGAGAAAGCUGAGCAACAGAAGAAAGCUGCAAUCAUCUCUGCUGAGGGUGACACCCAGGCGGCAGUGCUCUUAGCAAAGGCCUUUGGUAGUGCUGGUGAAGGUUUGGUCGAGCUGAGACGUAUUGAAGCUGGAGAAGACAUUACAUACCAAUUGGCCAGGUCAAGGAACGUCAUCUACCUUCCUCAGGGCCAGGGAACCCUGUUGCAGCUACCUGCCCAGUAAACCAACCGCAUGUAAAUACCUGAGUAGGACAUCCAAGAAUUGGAACCUCAUUUGUUACUAUUUUGGGGCGCCAGGCUUAGUCACUAUAUAAAAACAUUUCCGUAUGUUCAUUUUUAUCAGAGAUUUCGGCCAAUAAAUAAUGUCUGCAUUUUGAUUUUGGAAUAAAAUGGUAUGCUGACUGUAAUUCCUGCAGCACUUCUUAAUUAAUUUA